CUGGCAGACACGUAAACACUGAAAUCUGUGGUACUGAAAUUAUUAUAAACGAUUAUAAAGCCUUUUACAACGCUAGACUCACAGAGUCUGCAGGAAUCUGUGGCCGAUAACCGGGCAUUUCGAAGGAAAUCGCUCCGGCAAAGAAUUAAGAACUAGUUUGGUGCGUGUGUUUCUUCAAUAUUAGCGGGAUAGUUACGUCCCAGUUUGUCCUGCAACGACGGUUUGGUACUUGGAAUCUACAACACCAAAUCUGCAUCGCAAGAAAAUAUCAAAACAUGGAGCGCAACAAUGAGAAAGUGUUAAAGUUUUUACCGAUCAGCUCUUUUGUUCAUAAUGAUUUUUGGCACAAAUAUGUUGAUAUCAAAAUGGACAUCGAUCGACUAGAUGAAAAUGGACGACCGAUUCAAGGUUUUCUACAGCUUUCCCAAAGUUCAUUGCCGUUGCUUCAAAUUGAUUGCAGUUCCUUGAACUCUACCACUCUUGCGGCGCAUCGUGGAAAUGACUUUGUUUGUAAAGGCAUUUUUCUAAACUACAAUACGAUCGAAUCGUUCAAGCAAUGUGAUAAGAAAAUAUUACUUAAGGAACACUCUCAACGGAUCUACAAAGAACUUGUCAAUCAGCAGUGUUUGGCGAACAGUUUGGAUAUUUUGAAGUUCUUAGUGAUUUCAUUUUCGGAUUUGAAGGGUUACAAAUUCUACUAUUGGUUUGCAUUUCCGGUUCCUGCGAACUUGAUCUACUCUCAUCAGCGCUUUUCAUCACUACCAGCUUCUAUUGCUGAUGGUUUUAAACAACAUUUCUUGGAAUGGGUAGAAUCAUCUCAACAAAACUACAAAGGUCUAACUGAAAUCUUUUUCAUCUAUAAGCCGAAUGUCGGCAUCGGAUUGCUCCAAAACUACAUACGACAGACUGAACCAAGCUCCAAUUUCCAUGAUGAAAACCUUGAAAACAUCUAUUUUUGUUUCUAUGAUACUACGCCUUGCGCAAACGACGACUUAUCAUCGCCCUUAGGCUGGCAUGUUAGGCAAUUUUUGUUCUACCUUACAAUAACUUGUCCAAAUAUUGCAGAGAAAACGACAAGAUGGAUUAGAGUGUGUAAUGCCAGCCCCGGCGAGUUUUCCUUUUUCAGUGCGAGCAUUACGCUUCCAAAACAUAUAUCAAAUCUAGCCGACAUAGAUGAUUGGGUGGGCUGGGAAAUCAACGAUGCUGGCCGAUAUGCUCCCCGGUUCGUGUCGUUGGUGGAGAAUAUGGCGCCAAAAUGCGUUGCAGAAAAUGCGAUUAAUUUAAACCUAAGGUUAAUGAAAUGGAGACUUGUUCCUACGCUGGAUUUAAAAGCCAUCAAUACAACACGCUGUUUGCUUCUGGGUGCGGGAACCCUAGGAUGCAAUGUCGCUAGAUCAUUGAUGGCUUGGGGAAUCAAUACGAUAACAUUCGUCGAUUAUGGACGAGUAUCAUUUUCAAAUCCUGUUCGCCAAACAUUGUACCGGUACGAAGAUGCCUUGAACGGUGGCAAACCAAAAGCUUCAACUGCGGCUGAUCGGCUUAAGGAGAUCAAUCCUGCUAUAACAGCUUCCGGUGAAAAUAUACUUAUUCCAAUGCCUGGACAUCCCGUGGAUAACACGACAGGUAUUGGCGAAAUAAAAGCAGUACUGGAAAAAAUGACGAAGCUAAUAGAAGAGCACGAUGUAAUAUUUCUUUUGACGGAUUCGAGGGAAAGCCGUUGGCUACCAUCAAUGCUGGCGGCUUUUCAUGGAAAGCUAGCGAUCAAUGCAGCGCUCGGGUUUGAUUCGUACGUGGUAAUGCGGCAUGGGUAUCGGUCUUCAAAAUUGCAAUCGCAAGGUAACAUGCAGGACACAUCAAACGGAUUCAUACGUAUCGAUGGUGGCAAUCUGGGUUGCUAUUUUUGUAACGACGUUGUGGCACCUGGAAAUUCGUUGAAGGAUCGUACGUUAGAUCAGCAGUGUACAGUUACUAGACCAGCUGUUUCCAGUAUCGCUGCUGGUUUGGCUGUAGAGCUUAUGGUAUCAUUGGUACAACAUGCUCAAGGAUUUGGUGCCCCAGCAUAUUAUCGCACACCACGCAGUGAUCCUGCUAGCAUUGGGCAAGAACCAGAAGGCAUAUUAGGCAUCCUACCGCAUUCUAUACGGGGAAAUAUUUCCACCCAAUCAACGAUGAUUACUGCUACUGAACGUUUUAAAAAAUGUGUUGCAUGUUCUUCGUUUGUUAUUGACCGCUACUCAAAGGAAAAAGAAGCAUUCAUUAUUGAAGUGUUGAAUUCUGCUAAAACGCUGGAAGUAACGGUAGGAUUGGACUAUUCGAUUACCCCUGACAAGAAUGAUGACAAACAGUUUCCCACUGCAAUAAGACUAUGACUACGUGCGCAAACUAAUUAUCCAUUGACCUGGGAAAGCGCUGUUGGUUACACAAUGUUUGCCUAUAAUAUUGAUCACGGCUUAAAUGGACCAUGGGAAGUAAAUUUUCAUGGAAAUGAAGCUGAAUCUUCAAAAACGGAAUAUAUUA